CAUGGCGGCGGCGGGCAGAGACAGGGUCGCUCACUUGCUGAGGCAACUGCAGCGCGCAGCAUGUCAGUGCCCAGCCCAUUCUCAUACGUAUUCCCAAGCUCCAGAAAUUGCUUCUUCUAUAGGAAAAACAACGGACUAUGCAUUUGAGAUGGCUGUCUCAAAUAUUCGUUAUGGAGCAGGAGUUACAAAGGAAGUUGGAAUGGACCUUCAGAAUAUGGGUGCUAGAAAUGUCUGCAUAAUGACAGAUGAGAACCUCUCCCAGCUCCCUCCUGUUGAAACUGUCCUGAAUUCCUUAACAAAGAAUGGAAUAAACUUUAAAGUGUAUGAUAAUGUUAGGGUAGAGCCAACUGAUGUGAGUUUCAGGGAAGCUAUUGAAUUUGCCCAAAAUGGAGCUUUUGAUGCCUAUGUUGCUGUCGGUGGCGGCUCUUCAAUCGACACCUGUAAAGCAGCCAACCUGUACGCAUCCAGCCCUGAGUCCGAUUUCUUAGAUUAUGUCAAUGCACCUAUCGGAAAGGGAAAACCUGUCACCGCGCCUCUCAAGCCAUUGAUUGCAAUACCUACUACAGCUGGAACAGGAAGCGAAACUACAGGGGUUGCCAUUUUUGACUAUGAACACUUAAAAGUAAAAACUGGCAUUGCUUCCAGAGCUAUCAAGCCUACCCUGGGCAUAAUUGAUCCUUUGCAUACCCUUCAUAUGCCUGCGCGGGUAGUAGCUAACAGCGGGUUUGACGUACUUUGCCAUGCUCUGGAAUCAUACACUGCCCUUCCGUACCACAUGCGAAGUCCCUGUCCUUCAAAUCCAAUCAACCGGCCAGCUUACCAGGGCAGCAAUCCCAUCAGUGAUGUCUGGGCCAUACAUGCAUUGCGCAUCGUAGCCAAAUAUCUGAAAAGAGCUGUCAAAAGUCCUGAUGAUCUCAAAGCAAGAUCUAACAUGCACUUGGCCAGUGCUUUUGCCGGUAUUGGCUUUGGAAAUGCUGGAGUCCAUCUUUGCCAUGGAAUGUCUUAUCCUAUUUCAGGCAUGGUGAAAACUUACAAAGCAAAGGAUUACAACGUGGAUCACCCUUUAGUGCCACAUGGACUUUCUGUAGUACUCACUUCCCCAGCAGUAUUUACUUUCACGGCACAAAUGUACCCUGAACGACACUUACAGGCUGCAGAGAUCCUGGGAGCCGACAUCCGCACUGCCAGAAUCAAAGAUGCCGGGCUUAUUUUGGCAGACACGCUCCGGAAAUUCUUAUUUGAUCUGAAUGUUGAUGAUGGCUUAGCUGCCAUUGGCUAUUCCAAAACUGAUAUCCCUGCGUUAGUCAAAGGAACCCUGCCUCAGGAAAGAGUAACUAAGCUUGCACCCCGUCCCCAGUCGGAAGAAGAACUGUUCGCCCUCUUUGAAGCUUCAAUGAAACUCUAUUAAUUUGAACAGAAAGAACUGGAAGACCACCUCACUGCACCUUGUACUUUUAUCACCUGCGUGCUGUUUGCCGGUGGCUCGCUCACCUGCGGCUUAAUCUCCACUUAUAGCGCUUUGUAUAGAUUUAGACCUACAAAGGAGUCUCUUCAAGGGGGUGAACUGAAAUUCUACACCAGAGCAGGCAAGCCUGAGGUUUCAUUACACUUCUGCCCAUGUAAUAGGGAAAAACACUUUAGAAAUUUGGUAUUAGCAAAUUUUCCUUGGCUGAAAUCUCUUUUGAAGCAUCCUGCACGGUUUCUUCUUGGCUCCGUGAAGUUGAAGUCAUAAGAAGGCCGAGGAGUAAAGGGGGAAGGUGGUGGGAGUCUCCCAGCCUCACAGCUAGGUUCGAGUAAUCUAUUAAUCCCCAUCAUUCAUUACCAGACCUGCCCACCCUUGCCUGUGCCAUAGAAAUGGGGCCGUGAGAAUCAGGAGCCUGAUAAAGUUUUUAACACAAGUGCUGCUGUAUUUUCAGUUUUGAUUAAAAUUCCCAAAUGCCUAAGGCAGAAUACAUAAUGAGCACAUAACUGUCAUCUCUCUAACUCGAAGCCAUAACUUGGCUUCCAGAUUACAGGCCUCAUGAUAAUUGCCUAGCUGGUUUGCUCACUGAAGGAUCGGACUCACUCUUUCUCAGAUGAUGUUUAAGAACACUCGAGACUCAUUUUAUUUAAUUUUCCCAUCCUACUCACAUGCCCAGAAACCGACUAGAGCAAUCAGCAGCAACAGUGAGGGGAGGAGACCCAACCCAGGAUUCCAAGAUGUUCCACUCCCACUAGCUAGAACACUUCUUCUUCCCUAGCACUCGGGAAAAUAACAGGUUGCGGAAGCGCCUGAUGACAACUACAGGCUGACUCCCCAAUCUGGGAAGGUUUCGGGAUGACAACUGUGUAAUGCUCCCCAAAGGGCCUCAUAGAACAGUUGCACCAGUAAGUGUGACAAAAGCCUGACAGCCCUGAAAUCUUGAAAAGAGAAGGGGAUGUGGAAGCCUAUAGUUUAAGCGGAGAAGUGAGAUGGUCCAGUGUGUUUAAGUAGCUCUUGUCGCUACAUUUUAGAAGCUGUUACAGGUAAUACUAACAGUUUCAUUCAUAAAGGGAAUAUUAAAAAGUGGUCUAAGAUGAGAUAACAAAGACCGUUUCCUUUUGUAAUUUUUAAAUGCCUUAUUUGACAGAAGCUGGAGAGACGACUUAAUAUGACUCACAAGCUAACAGUGUUUGGCACUGAUAUUAAUGAUGGCUUUGGGGAAGAGGGAGGAAGAACAUUUAAAGGUUAAAGAUGAAGAAUCACAUUUGAGGUUCUGCAAUUUCUAAUCAUAAUUUCCCUUCUUCAGUCCCUGACGUCUGGCAGCAUGUAAAUGCGGGCUGAAUUUGUCGAUUACUAAUAAAAGAGACUGAGGUAUAUUUCAGGCCACGAGAUUGGUUCUACUAGCCACAUUUAUGAAAGUAAUCAUGAAGAUUUCUGCUCGAAUCAGAAGAAAUUUAAUUCUUAAAAAGCCUCUGUUGCACUGUAUGCGUCCUUGAAUUUUUGAACCGUGAAUGUAACCCAAACUCCAUGCCAGUUCAGAAGUACUUGUAUGAAAAUGGUACCUAGGCCUGAAUUUUCCCCUAGAAUAUUGGCUUAAAGGAGGCCCAAAAUAGUGAAGUGACUUGCCCAUGGUCACAUAGCAGACAAGUGGCAGAGUCCAGAUUAGAACCCAGGUCCUCCGACUCCCAGGCCCAACUCUUUCAUUUUAAGAUGCGCGGUCAGAUUCCCCCAAUAAAUGGCUGACAUUACAUAAUGUCAUUGCUCCCGUGCAGUUAAAAGUAGCAUUUCGGGGUAUUAUUGGGGUUGUCGCGGCCAUGGUUCUGUGACAUAGACUGUGAGCCCACUUUUAGACUGUGAGCCCACUGUUGGGUAGGGACUGUCUCUAUGUGUUGCCAA